AUGAUUAUAUUUCAACAGCUGACUUUGUCGACCGCUCUCCCGGCGAUUGUCGUCAUUUAUUCUCUCCAUUGGGUUUUGAUGUCUAUAUUGCAUAACCAACGAGCUCGGCGAAUGGGUUGUAAGCCCGCUUUCAUCCGACCGAGCAAGCUCCCGUUCGGUAUUGAUAUUCUGAAGCGUUAUAUUGACAUGAUGCGGGAGCAAAUCCUCCAGAAUGAUGAGUUGGUGCUUUAUGAAGAGCUAGGCCGACACCCAACGUGGAAUCAGAAUAUCCUGGGUACUUGGCAUCACGUCACAGCUGACCCGAAGAAUGUGCAAGCUAUGCUUGCGACCCAGUUCAAGGAUUUUGAGCUUGGCCCUUCACGGCGUAAUUUGUUCGGUCCGGUUAUUGGAAAAGGUAUUUUCACCACGGAUGGAAAGGAGUGGUUCCCAGUUCAUCACGAUUCUUGGACAGAUAUUAUCGAUUUGACGCCCUUGUUUUUCAACCUAACUCUUGACUCCGCCACCGAAUUUCUCUUUGGACAGAGUGUCAAUUCCCAGAUUCUUUCAUCGAAAGGAAUCCAGGGAAUUAAACCUGGGACAACUACACCGGAUGCUCUGCCCGACGGUUUGUCCUUUGGUCAGUCUUUUGACCGAGCCAAUGCGGUGGUCGUGUUACGAAGUUAUUUGAUGGAUCUGUACUUUCUCUACUGUCCUGCAGAAUUUCGAAAAGAUUGUGCAGAAAUCCAGGAAUUUGCCCGGUAUUAUGUCAAUCUCGCUCUCGCAGGGGAACUACAGUCAGGGACGGAAAAAAGCGCUCCCGGGGACCCGACUGAGUCUGGCUAUGUAUUUCUUCAGGAACUCGUCAAGGAGACAAAAGAUCCCGAAGAGCUUCGUAGCCAGCUUCUCAACAUUCUCUUAGCAGGGAGAGACACAACCGCAGGCCUUCUAGGAUGGACUUUCUACCUACUAUCUCGUCAUCCGGAGGUUUACGAAAAGCUGCGUACCGUCGUCAUUGAAACAUUUGGAGAGAGCUCCAGUAACACUGCCAUCACUUUUGAGUCGCUCAAAUCAUGUUCCUAUCUGCAACAUGUUCUAUCUGAAGUUCUGCGACUGCAUCCAGUCGUACCGGAGAAUAGUCGCCGCGCGGUCCGAAACACCACUCUCCCUCGAGGAGGUGGUGCAGAUGGUACAUCGCCAAUCUACAUUCGCGCUGGAGAGGAAGUUACCUACAACGUGCAUAUCAUGCACCGCCGUGAGGACAUCUGGGGUGACGACGCUAAUGAAUUUCGGCCUGAAAGGUGGACCGGGCGCAGACCGGGAUGGGAGUUUAUACCAUUUAAUGGCGGACCAAGGAUUUGCCUGGGACAGCAGUUUGCCCUGACUGAGGCUGGUUACGUCGUUGUGCGGAUGCUUCAGCGAUUUGAUGGAGUGGAAAACAUGGACAAGUCGACUGUUGUCAAACAUAAAUACACGUCGACCACUGCCCCAGUUCAGGUUCUUGUGCGUUUGCAUAGCGCAUCUCAAUAG